AGUUACCAUGCUCGUCGCUUCAGCCUCUACCACGAUAAAAUUCCACGAAUUUCCUUCUGGGAAUGUUAUCCACAACUACCAACCCGGUUCCAAAGUCGAAGGUCCUAUCCGAAGUAUCUCUUGGAGCAAAGAUGGCAACUGGCUGGUAUUGGUUCCCCAUUCAGGAGUCACAGAAAUUGUCAGUGUCAAAGAUCAGCUGAAAUUGCUGAAGACCAUCUCAGAUAUAGAUGAGCCCACUUGUGCUGUGUUCCAGAACAGUACCAAACGAAACAUUGCUUUGGGAACCAAAAAUGGUUUAGUUGUUAUUUAUGAUGUGAAAUCCCAUAGUACCAAGAAGCGAUUUCCUAGGGCAUCCAGUCAGAUCACGCAUCUGAGCUUCACAUCCAAAGAUACACAUUGUGUAGCAGGCUGUAAGAAUGGGGAUGUUAUGGUUUAUAGUAAUAUUACUAACAGUCCCCCAUGUAACCUUAGAGUGCCAAAAUCUGGGUCUAUUAAUUGCCUCAAGACCAGCCAAGUUAAAAGGAGUAUUGUGCUAGGAGGUAGCAACGAAGGGAUGGUGGUGGUCUGGGACAUCAACACGAGCAAGGCGAAGUUCACAGCCGAAGCGCACAAGGCCCCAGUGAACUCUGUGGCCUUCUCUCCCGUAAACUCGGACCUCAUCCUCACGGCUGGCCAGGAUAGGCAGUUCUGCUUCUACGACAUCGUGGACCACAAGUGCAUCGCCUCUGUGCCGGUGGACAACAGCGUGACUGCGGUGGACUUCAGUCCUGACGGCACCCAUUUCGUGACCGCCUUCCAGAACGGCAGGGCAUAUGUGUACGAUUCGAGGAACAUCAACGAUCCGGUGCACUCUUUUCAGGCACACACGAGCUCCGUCAAACAUUUGGCGUUUAGAGGGCUGCAGGAGUCUAGCAAUACGAGCGUUUGUAGCUUGUCCACGAAGAGUUCGACGCCGGUGGCUUCCAGCGAUGAUGUCAAUAGAAAUAACAGAUCGAGCAGGAACAGCGACCUCUUCGGCCUCUUCGUCCCCACCGCCGCCGCCUACGACUCGGCCGACGACGCCAAGCCUCCCCCCGCCGCCGCCCUCUCGAUGGAGGGCGGCGACUCGUUCAUGGCCGCCCUCGGCCUCGACAAGAACGGCUCGGCGGACUCGUUCCGGCAGGAGGAGAGCGGUGCGUUCGGGCGCACUCGCGAGCGGCUGCCCAGCAUCGCCGAUAUGCCGCCCACGCCGUCGGAACUUAUGAUGGGGGCGGGGCGGAAGGGCGGAGACAAGCAGUUCUCUUCCACGCCCAAGUUCUUGGGCGUGUCGACGCAGCCGGAGAUGUCGCCGCAGGUCAGGCCCAUCAACACCAACGGAAACUUCAUCGACAGAGAACGCAUCCAGGAAGCAGCCAGAGAAGCGGUCAAGGAAGAGCUGAAGUCUCUCGUUAACGACCUCAAGUGCGACAUCAAGUAUCAGGCGACCCACACCACCUAUCAGCUGAGGAGCGUUCUGCUAGACAUGCAGAUGGCGCUGGUGAAGGAGUUCAUCAAGCUGGAGGACUUCUUCCACCAGGUGAAGGAGGAGCUGAACCCGGAGUCGAGAUACGAGAACAACAACAGCUUGGCGGAGGAGAACGAGCAGUUGAGGAGGAGGAACGAAUUUUUGGAGGAGCAGCUGAGGAUUUUGAAGAAGGGGGAGUCGUGA